AUGGAGUGGGUGCUGGGUGCAGCACACUUAACUCAGACGACUGCCACAGACAUCGAUGACGGGCUCACUGAGUGGACUACCAUUGCAGCAGGGAUAAACCAGCUGCAGCAACUAGGGAUGUUGUCCAGAAUUUACUCCCCUGACUUUACCCAGGUACUCCGGAGCAAAACCGUACAGAUUAAGAUGCUGCAGACUGCCUCCUCUCCAUCUCAAAGCGAUGGUGCUGCCUAUGAUCAGGAAUAUGCUCCUUCAGAAGAUGCAUCAGAAGCUUAUGCAGGCUUAUCUCUAAGUGGUAGCUUUCUAACAAUUCGGCGCCCGGCGGAGCCGCUGCGGGCGCGGACGGCGCCGCGGCCGCCGCUCGCCGCCCGCGGGGCGCUGAGCGCGCUGGCGGCGGGCGCCCUGCCGCCCUCCGCGCCCGCCGCCCGCGCCCGCCUGCGCCAGUGCGCGUCCGCAGUGCCCGAGGCCCGCGCUGUGCUCGACAUACUGGAGAAAUGCCCGCGGCACCCGAAGAAGGGGGAUUUUCCCGUCAUAGUCGUGGAGGGACUGGAUGCAACAGGCAAAACCACUGUAACCGAGUCUGUUAAGGAUGCCCUGAAUGCUGUUCUGUUAAAGUCACCACCAGCUUGCAUCAGCCAGUGGAGGACAACAUUCGAUAACGAACCAGCACUCAUUAGAAGGACUUUUUAUGCUGCGGGCAACUACAUUCUUGCUUCAGAAAUAGCAAAAGCAUCCAUUCAGUCACCUGUGAUUGUAGACAGAUACUGGCACAGCACAGCUGCCUAUGCAAUUGCCACUGAAAUAAAUGGGAAAGUCGAGGAUCUUCCACCGGCUCACCAUGAGGUGUACCAGUGGCCUGAGGAUCUCCUUAAGCCUGAUCUUGUUCUACUCCUGACUCUCAGCCCUGAGGAGAGGAUCCGGCGGCUGCAGGGUCGAGGGCUGGAGAAGACAAAGGAGGAAGCUGAGCUGGAGACUAACAGCUUGUUUCGCCAAAAAGUUGAAGAGUCCUACAGAAGGAUGGUGAAUCCUGCAUGCCAAGAGGUUGAUGCCAGCCCCCGCAAGGAAGAGGUUCUCAAGACAGUGUUACAAUUAAUUAAAAAACAUUGUGCUCUGUGAAAACAGAUUCUAUGUAACACCACUUAAAGAUACUUUUUAUUCUCCUCUGUUUCUGCUACCUGAAAACACACUAUGAUGUAUUUUCUUCCGCAGAUGAAUCUUUUCUGUCUUCUAUCUACAGUAAUUGUGGCAGGUUAUCUAUUUCACUGUUGCCUAGUAUACUUUUCUACAUAGGGCAAAAUACAGUUUCUAUUCAUUCAGCAUUCCUAGCAGAGCCACAAACAUACCACAGCAUUGUAUCAGGUCUGUAAGUGCUGCGGUGACAUUUCAAGAUGUCAUCAUGUUGCAUCAUCACAAGGAGAACCUGCUCCUGAGUACCAAAAUUCAGUAGAUUGCAGCAGGGAUAUUAGGUACAGAAGGAGAUGCUGGAAUUUAAUACAACAGAAAGCCAGGAAAAUGAUCAUUACAUUUAGGAACAGAGAUCCUGGUGGUCAAGUACUGUUUUCUGGAACAGAGGAUGAACAGUCACUGCUAUGAUGAGCAUCUGCUGGAAAAUAUGUGGUAAAUAUGAGCUAGCAAGCAUUUUGGUCUCUAAGCCUGUUGACAAGCCUGUUAAUUUAUGCAAAUGAAAUAUCAAUUAAUUUCAGAAGGAAACAGGAGAAUGCUGAUGUAUUAGAAACAGAGACCUGAGAGGAACCUGAAAUUAAAAAUAUUUGGUAAAUAAUUACUGAAGUAUUUUUCUGCACAGCAUUUUCUCUAUCUGAUUAAUAAGAUUGUUAAUAUAAAAUUUUGUUCCUUUGAGACAAUGUGAAAUGAAAAACCAUAGAAAAUUUGAGCCAUGAAAAUGAUUGUACCUUUGCUUUCUCCCUCCUCCAAAUGUGCUGAAUAUGAAAGCUGGCAACUGUCAAGACCUCAGUUCUGCAAAGCCUUAUUUUUAUGUAUGUUGCUUUCACUAUCAUUAUUCUUAAGUAUAAAGCAAAACGUAUGAGUAAGUCUUUGUGAGGUCAGACAUGAGCAGCAGUUCAAGAAAGAACCUAAAUAAAAUGUCAUUUUAUUUAAAACACUGUUUAUGCUUUCCUAUGUUAAAUACAAUUAUUUGUGAAUCUGUCCUAUCAGUAAAAAUGUACUCAGAAUUACAGUUCCUGUAUCCAAUCCAUAUAUGCAAGGGGAGAAGGUCGUAGAAAGAAAAACUUCUAAAAAUCAUAUGUUCAUAUGUUUUGUUAAUGUAGCAAUUAAUAUUUUUGAU